AUUUAAUUACCAGAAUUCUGUUAAAAUUAAUUUACACAACAAUUUAAUCAUUUUGGGGGAAAAAUGGAACAAGAAUUUAUAUUUAAAUAUCAAUUUCAAGUCGAUAAAAUGUUCAAUUUAAAUCCAUUUGAAAGAAAAAAAGGCAAACCAUUAACCAUGUUAAGCCUAAUUUUUUUUCUAAUAAUUUUUUCAUCAACAACUUUAACACAAAAAAUUGAUGUUGAUUGUACAAAUUUUAUAAAAUCAGCAUUAAAUAAAAUAUUAUUAAUUGGAAUGAUAAAUAAUGAACAAUUAUUAUUAAUAACAACCGAUUCAAAAGUAUAUCGUAUUUCAUAUAAUGAUAAUCCAACAACUGGUGAUAUUUCAUUUCCAUUAACAAAUCCAUUAACAAUAAUGGAUAUUUAUCCAAUAUUAUAUAAUGAUCAAAAAUUUAAAAGAAUAUUUCAACAAAAUUUAAUUAGAAAUUCAUUUAUAUUUAAAUGGCGUUCACGUUUACGUAUGAUAUUUAUAGCUGAUGAUACAAUUGAAUAUUAUCCCGAUUGGUUAUUAGUUGAAACAAAUAGAUUUCGUUUACCAUCAAUUGAAACAAUACCAUUAUCAAUAUAUGAAAAUGAUGGAUCAAUUUUAUAUAUACUUAAUAUACAAUCAACUGAAUUAAAAAUACAAUCAAUUUAUUUACAAGCAAUUCCAUGUGAAAUAUUUGAUAUGGAUAAUAUUUUAUAUGAUAAUCAAUAUCGUUAUAUUUGUUUUAGUUCAAGUCAAAAUACAAUAUUUAUUGAACCAUCCAUUGAAAAACGUUGUAUAUCACCGGUUAAAUUAUUAGUACGAAUGGGUUUUAUAACAAAUACGAAUGUUUAUUUAAUAACUGAAAAAUAUGUUUAUUUUUUUUCAAAAAAUGCAUUAAUUAAUUUGGGUUCUGAUCAUCGUUUCUAUAAAAUUGAAAUGACAUCAUUUUUUCGUUGUAAAGAAAAAGGUUCAAAACCACCAAUUGAAAAAGUUAAUAAAGAUGAACCUAUUUAUGAAGAUCAUUGGAAACCAAAAGACACGAAAAAAAAUCAAAAUGAAAAAACUUAUGAUGAAGGAAAACCAUUUGAUUUUAAUUUAAAUUAUUUAUGGAUUGUUUUAGUUGUUGUUGCAAUAAUGUUUUUAGGUAUUAUUUGCUAUAUACGACAAUUAAUACAUAAACGUAAAACAAUUCGUAUGGACAAAUAUAAACAUUCAAGAUUAUCAAGUUCAAUAAUAUCAUCAGAAAUACCAAGAUCAUCAUCAAGAUUGGAUAGUAUGAGAACUAAACGAUCAUCAAUGAUGAGUAGAUUGCUUCAUAGUAGUUUAUUUCCAAAUAGAGCAUCAAGAGCAUCAAUAGUUGAUUCAAGAAGAUCGUCACCAUCUUCAUCAAGAAUUGGACAAAAAAGUUCAAGAAGAUCAUCACCAUCAAGAUCACCAUCAUCAGGAAGAUCAACUGGAUCUUAUUUUCAAUCAAGACGAAAAUCGUCUAGAAGAUAAAGUAAACAACAACAACAACAACAACAAAUUCUCCUG